CUCCUUUGUGUGUUUUUACUGCAACCUUCUGUUACUGGCGUGAACACUCAGAUUCUUUCAGACGGACGAAAGCUUAUUGUCCAUCUCCAGUGGAAGUCUGUCUGGUUUCUUCAGAUUGCACUAUGUGGCGUCUUCUAGCUGGGUUUGUGCUUCUGCUGUGUGCUGCAGAUGCCACACCAGUUGGUGGCAGAACAGUUCCUGAUUUUGGAAAGAUGUAUCAUGUCAAAGGUGAGCUGAAUUUACCUUAUUCUGGUGAUUCUGGGACAAAGGAACCGUUUGAAGUUUGGUACGACCUCGAGGGGAACAGAAGUCGCAUCGACUAUCGUAAUGGUACAGUGCGCACUUUUCUGAUUGGAAACGACUCGGAUUAUGGCGUCAUUUACAAGAUCACACCAGUCAACACUGAGACAGAAAUUCAAGCUAUUAAAUAUUUCCAGCUUAAAGGUACAAAGGAGGAUCCAAUACGUCCACAGUCAGCACUGCCUGAUCUGCAGGACUUUGAAUUUGAGAAGAUGGAGGAUUGCGCAGGCGUUCAGUGUGAGGUCUGGAAGAAGGUCACACAGGCUGGUCAUAAGAAGAACACAUAUCGUCUGUGGGUCAAACGUCCAGAGGGAAGUGAUUCCCCAGCCGUCCCGUACCACUUUGAGAUGGAGGGCUUCAACACUCUUUUGGAGACCCACAAUGACAAAUACAUGAUUGACUACAGUGACUUCAGCUCACAAACUGAAUCAGACAUUUUCACACCCCCUGGAGGAAUGACCUAUGUGGAGUUUCCGGAUCCUCCUGAGGAGCAUCAAAUAUUGGCCAAUCCCCUUCAAGACUAUAUCAGCACCUCCGCUGUUAGCCACGCCCACCGAUUGUUCGGCCCCUUUAAGGAGAAGUUUGAGCGUCAUUAUGAAAGUGAGAAGGAGCACGAGGAGCGCGAGAACAACUUUGUACAUGGUUUUCGGUUUGUGCACUCUAUAAACAGAGCCGGUCUUACAUACAGCCUCGGUAUCAACAACUUCGCUGAUUGGUCAGAGGCAGAGCUGGCCAGGAGGAGAGGUUUAAUAAUUCCAGAUCGGAAAAAGAUUGUUACAGAAUAGCCCUCACACAUUCUUUUUUUAAAUCUGUUGCCAAUGUAUGAUACAGUUUGAUAAACUUUGUCUGAUUAAGUGUCUUUUGAUAGAGUUUGUCAUUAAAGUCUAAAGGUGAAAAAACAAGAAUUCACUGUUUUAUCAAGUGACUACUAGACUGUCCUCUGAUGAGAUUAGUGGUAAUUUAAUCUUUUUCUAAAUAAUUUUUUGAAUAAUUACAAUUGGUUAAAUUGAGUAUCUGCAUCUUCAAGCUAUUGUUUAUCGAACCACAAAAGUAUUGAAAUGCUAAUGAUUAAAAUGCUGAUUGAAAGUUUUGUCUUUGAUUAAAUGUACAUAACAUCAAAAAGUUAUCAAAUCAAUAAGUUCUGAUAUUGCGUAAUGUUUUGUGUCAGACUAUAGUAUUAAAAAAUGUGUUUUAAAACCAGUGUUUACUUUUGCUUAAAGGCACAAUAUGUAAAAUUUUUGCAGUAAAAUAUCCAAAAAACACUAAGCCAGUGUUAUAUAUUUUGUUCAGUUGAGUGCUUAUAAUAUCCCAAAUGUUUCCAACUGUUUGUAAAUCAUGAGAAAAUCACGAUUUUAACCAAAGAUAUGGGACGUGGCCGGGAGUCGCCUGUCAAUGGCGUCAUAUCCGUGUUACCUUCGGUUUCCAGUUUUAUUUUUAACAUAAAUAAAGGUGAUGAUGAUU